CUUCAGCUUCAUCUCCGACCUCGACCUCGACCCUCCUCCUCCUCCCCUUAAGGUCGGUCCUUGCCCUCAAGAAUGUCUCAGUCGCAAGCAUCUCAGCAUGAAGAGGAAGAGGAAGUCCAGGCCUCGGGUCCUCUGCUCGUUCAGAAGCUCCAGGAGGCGGGAAUCAAUGCACAAGAUAUCAAGAAACUCGCAGAGAACGGACUGCACACCGUCGAAGCCGUCGCAUACACUCCCAAGAAGACCCUCAUGCAGAUCAAGGGUAUAUCCGAACAGAAGGCAGACAAGAUCUUAAUUGAAGCACACAGGAUUAUACCGCUUGGAUUUCAAAGCGCAACAGAAGUACACGCCCGCCGCUCCGAGCUCGUGCACAUCACCACCGGCUCCAAGAACCUCGACGCGCUGCUCGGCGGGGGCAUCGAGACGGGCGCCAUCACUGAGCUCUUUGGCGAGUUCCGUACGGGCAAGUCGCAGAUCUGCCACACUAUCGCAGUGACCUGCCAGCUGCCCGUGGACAUGGGCGGCGGUGAGGGGAAGUGCCUGUACAUCGACACGGAAGGGACAUUCCGCCCCGUGCGGUUGCUUUCGGUCGCAGAGCGCCUUGGGCUGAGUGGUGAGGAGGUGCUGGACAAUGUGGCGUAUGCGAGGGCGUACAACGCGGACCACCAGAUGUCGCUCCUCACGCACGCGAGUGCGUUGAUGUCUGAGUCGAGGUUUUGUUUACUGAUCGUCGAUUCUUGCACCGCGCUCUACCGUACGGACUUCAGCGGUCGUGGAGAGCUCUCUGCACGGCAGGCGCACCUCGGAAAGUUUCUACGCACCUUGCAGCGGCUCGCGGACGAGUUUGGCAUCGCUGUCGUAAUGACAAACCAAGUCAUGUCCAACCCCGACGCGUCGGCUGGCCCAUAUGCCGCCAACGAGAAGAAACCAGUGGGUGGUAACAUCCUGGCCCAUGCAUCCACUACUCGUGUGCAACUCAAGAAGGGCCGCGGCGCGAACCGGCAGGCCAAGAUCUAUGACUCGCCCUGUCUCCCUGAAUCAGAAAGCACGUUCGCUAUCCUGCAGAGUGGUAUUGGCGACCCAGAGGAGGAUUCGUAGAGCCCAAGUUGGAUGUUUGGUUUCGCGGAUUGUUUGUCCAACGUUUGUCACACACGCAUAAAUCGGAUGUAUCAACAGCACUGUUAUUCAAUUGAUGUCAAUCUUUGAGUCUA